AUGCAGUGCAUGGGAACCAGUUAUGAGGGAUGUCUCGUUAAUGGGAGGUAGGAGUUACUGUAUCGUAGACUGGAAACUUGUUUAAGCGUUCGUAAUGAUCAGUUGUCAACCGUUUUUAGCAACGUUAAUCCUUUAAAGGCAUGGAUCUCAAAUAAACGCCGAGCUUAAUAGCAGAGUUUUAAAUUUGAUCCACAGGUUUAUAUUCGUGAUUUGAUGUCAAAAACGAUACAGAGAAUAAUUUAUCAUAAAUCAAACAUUGAUAAUGCUGAUAAAUUUAGGAUGUAAAUCCAUUCACAGUGCGUUAUAAACGUCUCUCCAGAAUCAAAUUUCAUAUUUUUAUUUUGCGGAGCAAACACUUGCCAAAAUACCUGUUUGAUUUCAAUGGAGGUGUUCUCUAUUGAUUUCAAAAUCAGUGUGUGGUUUUUUAAGCAAAAUUAACAUAAUCUACCUUUUCUUUAGCAGUCGUGUUUUUGUCAAGACACUUCGACGCCUCAAACGUUUAAUUUUGUAAAUAAGAAUACUAGGCGGGUAUGGCAGUUCAUGAACUGUCAUUGGAGAGAUGUAAACUAGGAACAGUGCAUUAAGGUAAUUUAUUACAGGAAUAGAUAUUUUCAAUUAGCGACUUUUGCCAAACGAUAGCCUUGAGGCAACCAAUACCUUACUGCAGUUUGAUUUAACCUUUUAAUUUUCUUUUUGAUUUAUUUUUUAAUAAGAAUGGACGAUGCCGAAGCAAUCUACACAUUUCCAAAAUACUUUAGGAGUGAAUACCAAGGGACUAUACGGGACGGCAUGUAGGUAUAUUUUUAUUGGUUUGUUUACUUAUUAAUUUGAAUUGUAAACGCAUUGUGGACCUUAGUGCUUUUAGCAAGAAAGGCUUCUUUGAUCAUAAUGUAACCCCAAGAAUUACUAGCAAAUUCAUUGCACCACGUUGAUACGAGCAACCUCGCGUUCCCAGGGUUAUCUCACACCCGCCCUACGCUCCGUAGGGCGGGUAGGAGAGAACCCUGGGAACGAGGAUGUGAUACGAGAGCAUGGAAGUCCCCACUCUCUUUUGCAUCCCUAAAAGUAUGUGAUACCAUUUUAAAUUCCAAGUAGAAAGCCUAUUACUUGCUCUUACUGGAGAUAUGUGACGUCAUUUAAAAGGCAGCCAUCUGAAAAUUCCGAUUUUUCAAAAACAAUAAGAUCUUAAUAUUAUUUCUGACGCUUAACUUGAACCUGUAAGAUAUUGUUUUUAAUGAAAAUACUAUCGUUAAGGUUUUGUGCACAAAAGGUGCGCGAAAAAACUGUUUUCACCAGAGCAGUAGUGAAAUGUAGUAAUGUAGUUUGAGUUAAGAAAGUUAAAAAGAAAAAGACGUAAAGGUCAUGAGAUCGACCUUCCGCCCCAUGUAAAAGAAUAGGCGGGAUUUUGGAAUCCAGGAAAUUUUUGCUUGUAGAAUCCGGAAUCCAACAAAUUUUGGCCAUAGAAUUCGGAAUCUUGGACUUUGAAAUGUGGAAUACAGCUCACAUGGAAUCCGGAACUACCCACCUACUAACGAUCGGCUGGAAUCCUGGAAUCCAAGUUCCAUCGACAAAGAAAUCAGCCGGAAUCCAGUACCUGGAAUCCAUAAUUCACGGCGUGGAAUCCAGAAUCCAAAUCUUCCCUCUAUCCUCUUACGUGGGACGAGACCCUCAGUAAUCUAAAUAUAUAAAAUGUACAUAAACUCGGAUAUCCGUGACUAUGAUGUUACGUAGUUUAGUACCAUAUGACGCGCCUUUUCUCACGGCCCGACUGACAGCCCCUGGGUCUCCGAGGAUGCAAUGCAAGUGAGCAUGCUUUUGGCCUUUUUUUGUCUAGAUAGUUAAGCAGACUGACUUGAUAUAUAUGACAGCAAAUCAGUUUUCUAAUAGGUUUCAUGGUGAAGGAAAACUAAAGUUUCCCGAAGGAGUCAACUACGUGGGAAAAUUUGAAAAGGGAAAGGCCAUUGAGGUAAGGUAACCUUUACUCCCCGGGCAAAGUACAGUAUGAACCGGCGCCUCGAGCUCCCGCAAACAACAUUUAUCUGAAUUAACUAAAUGCCCGUGUAAGAGUUUAAGUUUUCCAUCACUAUUUUCCAUUUUUUUAAACCUAGUUUAAUAAAACAUGUUUAGUUUGUGUAAAGCCAGGCAUGUAAGCUUUCGUCAUAAAAAAAACAUUUUCAAAUUGCCCGCUAACGGAGUAUAGAUUAUUUAUGGCGGAAAUCGCCAAAACACAACAAAGCUCAGUUUUUUAAUUUUUCAACUCGUAUCCACGCUAGGCUUUUUUUAAAAAAAAUAUUGUAGCAUUGUAGAGGAAGCACCCUGUUAAUCACUACCAAAAGGACUGUUCUCGAGUGUGGUGCUGACACCUAGUUGGAACUAAGUUUAAUUUUGUUUGUUUGAUUGGUUUCUUUAAGGGUUACUUUGAAUUUUCGGACGGACUGAGCUGUUACCUUGAUAUAUGGGAUUACUGCAAUGGUGAUACGGAUAGAACUUUUAAAUCCGAAGUUGAAAAUGGACUGAAACCAGCAGGUAGCUAAUAUAAGAGACUCGGUGCCGUUCACUAAGGGUCGUAUCAUCGGUUUACAGUCGUUUCGCCAACGUCCUGAGGGCCCAGUUGCUCGAAGCAUGGUUAGCGUUUACCAGCGUUUAAUACCUUGACAACGUAUUGGUUUUGAUACUGCUUAACCAAUGGUUAAAGCUAACCAUGCUUUGAGCAACUCACCCCCUUGUUGGCUAACAUCUGAAGUUUUUUCCCGUACGUGUUGGGUACUGAGUUCCCCAACUGCUUUAGCCUGAUUAGCGGCUGAAAGAAUGAUGUAUAUAAAUGCGUGUCGCACUUUUUUGUAUCAUCCCUGAGAGAACGAAGCAUACACAUGCGCAGAACUCGUCAUUCGUUUCUUAGCGGAACGACAUAAGACGUUAGUGAAACGGUUCGUAGGCGAAACUACCGCUCAUCGUAUCAUCACGUUUUUGUUAUCCUCGCUAUCAGCUGCGAAGAUGAUAGAAAACAUUUCUCAGGCGAUGCUUACACCCUAUCGGACAGCUUUUCCUGUCGACAUCAAAAGCUAUCUCGGUACUCACAGUAUGAACACAAUGUACCCAGUAUCCCGGCGAUACGGUGAUUCUACACUUUAGAGAUGCCCAGUUGCUCGAAGCAUGGUUAGCGUUAACCAGCGUUUAAUACCUUGACAACGUAUUGGUUUUGAUACUGCUUAACCAAUGGUUAAAGCUAACCAUGCUUUGAGCAACUCAGCCCUGCACCGCAGUAUAUAUAUAGCUUCGCUCCGUUGCAGAAAUCACGCCGAAAUGACCGUCCUUAUGGGGGAACAGAAGCUGUCCGAGAUGGUUGUCGUGUCGGCCCAAAUUAAAGCUAUCUGAAUGGUGUGAAUAUAGUCUCAAUGGCCUUACAGACUUUGUUGUUAGUAUCGACUUUUUGGAUACCGAUUAAAACAUUACACUGUAUUCAGCAUAUUUCUAAAAUUAAAUAAUUAGUUUCUUCAAAAACUGCGAAAACGUUAGAGAGCUUUUCAAUGACGUUUGACGGCAAACGUGAAUUUUACCAGGUGACCAAGAUUUCCCCUUACUUGCCUUUUACUUCUAAUUACUUUGACAAAAAAGUAGUUUCACGGCAGUUUUUUUAAAUAACAAUUAGUUUGCAUAGUUUUCACCUUCUCAUUUUCUAUUAGUAGGGCAAUCCUGAACUUGAAUCUGCCGUUUACCGUUUGCCGUAAGCUUGACUCUAAAUAGAGAGUUUAAUCUUCACGUAUACGGUAAACGGCAAACGUCAGAUUCAAGUUGAUAAUUACCUGCGUGCAGACGUCUCCUAUAUAGGAGACGUCUGCACGCAGGCAAGUUGAUAAUUUCUCAAAAUACAAAAUGAGCAGAUAAAAACAGCUCAGAAAAUUCUUAUGGAAAAAAAUAUGCGUGAAACUACUAGUUUGUGUGUACAAAUAAUGAACAGUACGCGACAAGCAAAGGGGAAACUUGGUCACGUGGUACAAAUUUCGCGUUAGCUGUUUGAUGUAAACGUGAUGCUUAACCUCUCUACUCUAAAUCUUUCUUCUAACAAGGUUUUAUUUGUUGGAAUGCUAGGACGAUCACAACUGUCUAAUCAGCAUCCACCUCUGUCCAUUCCAGCAGGCAUGUACGACUGUGGAGAUGGGUUCUAUGAUCCCAUCAAAAGAACUGUCAUCAAUUACGACUUCAUCUUUCUACGAAAUACAGGUGCAGGUUAAAGUAACGUGUAGUUUGCCACUACGCAUGCGCGAGCAUACAUCGACAUGUACCCUACCCCCAUGCAAAACGACUGGGAGUACCCGAGAGUGGCAUGCGCCUCCAGUAAACAGCUGUCCCAUGGUGGGUGUUGUGUGAAAAGGGAUUUCGGAUAAAUAAAAAUUGGACAAUCGUUUUGGUUUUUUCACAGAUGAAAAGGAGCACUACUGGAUAGUAAACCACUGUAGGAAGGAAUGGGAUGAGCCAGUUGGCACAAGAAGAAUUCAUUAA